CUAGAAUGAGAAACGAGAAGGAUAGCGCUAGUUAGGGCAAAACAUUGGCAAAACAUCGUGGUCCAUUGUGGUAUUUCCAUGAUCUAAGGAUUUUAGGUAAAUGUUUGUUUUUAGUAACGUUAAAGAUUAAUAGUGAUAGUUUGCGACAGUUACUAUAAACAUUUUUAUGCCGGACAGCCUUCAAGAGCUGUUGAUUUAUGUGAUAUUUGUUUAAAAAUGGUUGAAUCUUGCAGUGCGGUGAAUUGUUGCAAUAGACGCAGAAAAGAUGUGAAAAUGAAGCUUCAGAGGAUACCUAGAGAUCCUAACAUGAGGAAGUUGUGGUUACAUGCUAUAAGAAGAGAAAACUUUACUCCCAGUACAACAACGCCUAUCUCAAGAAAGAACCUAGCUAUCGAAGGGUUUUGAAAAGAAAACAUGAAGAAUCCAACUCAAAAGCAACAGAACAAACUUUGGCUAUUGGUGAAGUAGUAGAAGAACCUGAAAAUGGGAUCAUGCUGAUGAUGGAAAUAUAUUGGCAGCUGGUCCGUCAAACAUAACACAAAAACUAGGAUUUUUAGAAUCAAGUGAACCUUCAAACAUAUGCAAUUUUAGGUAAUUGUCAUUGAACUUUGUGUUUCUCAUGAAACUGUUCAUAAGUACAAACAAAUUAACAAGUACAAUCAGUGUAAAAUUCGUAGACAAAGAAAUAAAAUAAAAAGUAUGAAUAGUCUGGUAGAUGCACUACUUAAUGAGAAGAGAAUAUCUGCAGCUCAGUCAAUAGUAUUACCUGAAUUUAUAAUUACUUAUGUUAAAUACUAAUUAUUAUAUCUUCAAAUGUGUAAAGGAGAAUUUAUUGUCAAGUUUCAUACAUAUGUAUAUAUAAAUAAAUAAA